UUUUUUUUUGUCACCUCCCACUUAAUUUUUUCAAUUUUCUCGCUUAACCCUCACUUUAUAAUAAGAAAAGCGAAAUAGCCACCAUUUUACCUUCCGCCUCUGCUGCUGUAGCAAUGGUAUCCAGUAGGAAACUGAGAGCAUUCAAGAAUUGGAUGAAGUGGCAAUGUGUAGAGUGUAGCGAGGCGCUGGAGCUGGUAGUAUCGACCAACUCUUGGGUAAGAGCUUUGUGCGAUCUGGAUGAUGGUGAUUUGGUGGCAAUUAUUCCGAAGGAGAGUUGCUUGACGGUAAAGGCUUCAGGUGCGCGGCAAAUGGUCGAGGAAGCGGAGCUUGAAGGAAUCUUAGCUCUAGGAGUUGCUAUUAUGUAUGAGCGGAGCCUCGGUCCGCUAUCUCCUUGGUUUGGUUAUCUCCAGUUGCUUCCUUAUGCUGAACCUAUCCCUUUAUUGUGGUCCCCAUCUGAAAUCGACUCUCUUCUCGUUGGAACUGAGCUUCACAAGAUAGUUAAAGACGACAAGGAACUUAUCCUCGAAGAUUGGAAGGAGUGUAUUGAGCCUCUCUUAACUUCAGUUUCCUUACAACUUAAAGUAGAACAUUUUGGUGUUAAGGACUAUCUUGCUGCAAAAAGUCUAAUUGCCUCACGAUCUUUUGAGAUAGAUGAUUACUAUGGAUGCGGAAUGGUUCCCUUGGCGGAUCUGUUUAAUCACAAAACUAGUGAUGAGGAUGUACACUUCACAUCUUCCUAUUCUAAAUUGAAUAAUGAUGCUGACAAUGGAAAUUAUGGAAAUGAUAACAUUGGACCAACCAAGAAAAUCUCUCAUUUAGGAGGUGAAUGCUUCCGUGGGAGUGACUUGGAGUCUUCUCAUUCUGAUUUGGAUGAUGAUGCUCACAGCGGCAAGCAUGAAAAUGAAAACAAUGAACCAACCAAAGCUUAUUCAAGGGAUGAAUCUAUUAGUGAGAGUUACUCGGAGUUUUCUUCAGUUUCUGGUGAUGCUCUUACAACUUUAGAAAUGAUCAUGGUGAAAAAGGUCAAAGCUGGGGCUGAGGUAUUCAAUACGUAUGGGUCUUUAGGUAAUGCUGCUCUGUUACACAGGUAUGGAUUUGCCGAGCCUGAUAACCAGUAUGACAUUGUGAACCUUGAUCUGGAGCUUGUACUUCAGUGGAGUUCAUCCCAGUUUUCACAUCGCUACAGUAGGAGGAGGUUAUCACUAUGGAGAAAAUUAGAUUAUUCUGGAUGCGUUAGCCAAAAUUCCGAAUAUUUUGAAAUUUCAUUUGAUGGAGAGCCGCAAGUUGAGCUGUUGGUUUUGCUUUACAUAAUAUUAUUGCCAGAGGAAGUAUAUACAGAACUCGAUCUUGCAGUAUCUAUUACCAGUGGUUUUGAAAAGUCUGAAGGCUUCAAAUUAUCGAAGAACGGUAAUAUUUUAUUUGGAAAAGGUUUUGAGUCAAGCAACAGUAUGUUGCUGACAGAUGGAGUUUGUGGGGCUCUAUCGGCUCUAGCAGAUACUCGGGAAAGCUUAUAUGGUUCAAACCGUCUAGAAGAAGAUAUCAAAACUUUGAACUGUUGCUGUCAGGUGAAAGAACCUAAGAUGUAUUAUUCAUUGGUGUUGCGCAUCAGUGAGAGAAGGAUCCUUGAGAAGCUAAGGUGUUAUGCCUCGACUAGUGCUAUAAUGCGGACAAAAGUGGGGUGGGGGGUGGGGGUGGGUAAAGCUAGAAAAAGAGCAAAGAUUGAAUGAUUUGUGUCUUCAAUCCAAGGAAAUCGUGAUUACUGCCAGAGGUGUUCCUGGAUGAAAGGUGCAGACUAGACUGAGUUCCAUAACAUAUUCCUGCAGCCAAAGUUAAUUGUUUCUUGGCUUGUUUGUUAUCAUCGGCAUUAAUUUUGGUGUUGCACUGUUCGGUAGGACUCCACUGUGCUUCAGAGAAGGAGGGCAAAGUACGACCCAUCCCUGUUCUACCACCAUUUUAGCAUGCAGAGUAGUUGUAUUUGCUUUUGGAAUUGGCAUGAGCUGGCAAUGCAACUCCAAUGACUAGCUGUUAGCUGUGGACUGAUUAAAUUUCUGUUAUUACCUACAUCUCAGAAUUUGUCUCAGUUGUUUGGUAGGCUGGGUUUGCUUGCGAAAUAGGUAUCUAGUGCUUUCUUAUUUAUGCAGUAUUCAUCUUUUCUUUGAAAGAAACUUUUUAAAAUUGAAGUAUCUUAUGGUAAUCCAAUUGAAAAUUUCAUAGCUGAA